AAUCGAACAACAGAGGGCGCAAAAAUCUUGCCGCAUCCACAGCUACAGACUGUCAGAAGGCCGUAUCAGCAAGGUUUUUGCUUCCAUAACGUACACGUGUUAAAUCCAGCCGCAGCCCUGACUUGCAGACACGAUAGUUGCAUCGCAUUUUGAAAUGAAUCAACAUGGCGACAUCCUUGGGGUUGCGAAACGUGGGGCUGUUGCGGCCGAUUGUACCUCGCUUGCCUCGAAGCUUGCGGCCCCGUCUGAACAGCACCACCUGGUUAUUAGUAUCAGAGAAAAGUAACACAACAUGUUGCGGUUGUGGAUUACCCCCAGUGGUGGCGUCAUUAGCUACAUGCACCAAAAGAUUACUCAGGGAUGUCAGGCAUUUCAGUUCACAUUUUUCUACCAAUUCAAACGUGUUUCCUAAGGAAAUCUGUAGUCCCGAGAAGCUGACUCAGGAUGAUCUUGCUUCUCUGCAUGGAAAUAUACGUAAGGAGUUGAUCUCUAAUCGGAGGUCUCUGCAAGACGUAGCCCAGUACUAUUUUGAUGGUAAGGGUAAAGCCUUCCGUCCAAUGAUAGUUCUUCUAACGGCCAGUGCCUGCAAUGCCCACACACACGGAGCCAACAGUAAACUUUUAGAAACGCAGCGUCAGAUCGCCAUGAUCGCUGAGAUGAUCCACACGGCCAGCCUGAUGCACGACGAUGUGAUAGACAAUGCAGAUACAAGAAGGAAUAAGAUGGCCAUCAAUGAGAUGUGGGGUCAGAAGAAGGCUAUCCUUGCAGGUGACUUUGUCCUGUCUGUGUCAUCUCAGGUGUUAGCAAGGAUUGGUAACGAUGAAGUGGUGUUAAUUCUGUCCCAAGUUUUAGACGACCUUGUAAGAGGAGAGUUUAUGCAACUGGGAUCGAAGGAAGAUGAGAAUGAGCGUUUUUCCCACUACCUCAAGAAAACCUUCAUGAAGACUGCCAGCCUAAUGGCACAUAGCUGUCAAGCAGUGGCUGUUCUGGGUCAAUGUCAUGAGGAUGUCUCCAAAAUAGCCUAUGAGUACGGCCGUAACAUAGGCAUGGCCUUCCAGCUCAUUGACGAUGUCUUGGACUUUGUGUCCAGUGACGCUGAAAUGGGGAAACCGACAUCGGCAGACUUGAAGCUUGGGCUUGCGACGGGGCCGGUGUUGUUUGCAGCUGAGAAGUUUCCAGAAUUGGAAGCCAUGAUCAUGCGUCGGUUCAGUGAGCCUGGUGAUGUGGAAAGAGCCAAAGAAGCCGUUGCCAAGACGGACGGAAUAGAGCAGACACGUUACAUCGCUAACCAGCACAGUCAGGAAGCCAAGAGGCAGAUAAGCCGAUUGACGCCAAGUCCAGCAAGACAGGCCCUCAUAGAGCUUUCGCAACGGGUUGUGACCAGAUUAAAAUAGCCCCUACUGACUGCUUAUGUUUCUCAAAGUUUUAGUGGCAUUGUAAGAGUUUAGGGAUAUUUUCAUGAGUUUUUCGUUUGCACUGGAAAAAGCGUACACCCGUUUUUCCAGUGCUUAGAUUUGAGGACUAGAGGAGAAGGAUUUUUUAUUUAUUAGUAGCUUGAGAGCUCCUUUUUGUCUUUCCUCCCCCUGUUCACUUCAGCUUUCAUUUGUUUCAAAGAAGUAAAACUAGCACAGGCAAGGGGAUCAAAGAAAGGAACAUCCAAGCCACUUAUAAUUUAUCCUCCUUUACCACUAACCGUCAGCUCAAUAGGUGUCAAACCUGUGUUGACAUUCGUUCUUUGAAUUGAAAACUCAGAAACGAUAUGUUUAUUUUGUUGUCAUAUUGCAAAACUAAUAAAAGAACUAUACAAUUCUCUUCUCAGGUUGUGCAGAUAAGGCUGUUUGCAGGGUUAUGAAAACCACUUUUUUAUAUUCUGUCUUGGACAUCGUCAUUUCAUCCAUGUAGAAUGGCCACAUCCUCAAAAGUUACUGUUUAUCUUGUGUGCAGUGUGUUGCAAAAAAACCUCCCCAUAAUAUACUGCUUUGUGCUUGUUUUGGUGACAGAACUCUGCAAUCCAUUGAUCUCAAGUUCCAGAGAGGGAACGUCAAAAAAAUUAAAAUUUUGCAUCCCAGUCCUUCCAACUUCAGACCCAGUUGGGUUUUUUCUUCUGUAUCAUAUAGUCGACCAGUGUUAUCUCAAGACACGUCUUUGUGUAGCAAUAUCCCAACACUAGACCACAGCUACGAAUUGCAUUUGGUUCCACAGAAGCAGGUGUGUUUUUAAUUCUUGUGAAACUUUGCUACAAACUCUAAACAAAUGAUGGAAAUCAGUUCAAGUUUGCUCGGUUCUCUUCUCCAACAUAUAACUUUUGUGUCUUCAAACAGUGGAACCACAGAUGGUCAAAAAUUUGAAAAGGGAUGACAGCCAUCUUUAGAAUAAAUGUUUUACUAAAUAAAAAUCUGACCCAUUUUUCCCCCAACAAACUCUGGGGGAGUGUAGGAGUGUUUGGUUUUUGUUUCGUUUUGUUUCAUUUUUCCAACCUUCCAGUCCACUCGUAGUAUCCUUGGCUUUGUCUCAUACUGUGCCUUCCCCUGGUGUAAAAAAACCGUGCCCCAAAAUUACUGCAGUCUGAGUACUAUAGACCUUUUUCACCCACCUGACUAAAUAUAAGCAAUACCACCACGUUUGGACCGCCUUGGCCAUGGUUAUCGCAUUAUAUUCCUACGGGCAGCUUCAACCACGUGCAAGAGCACGUGCGAAUGCUGAUUGCUUGACUAGUUUAUCUUGAAUAGUUAGAUUAUAAUUACCACUAAUGGGUCAUUAGGGAGGCACUCCCAUAAGAAC